GUUCAACCCAAAAACACCUGAAGACUCUGAAUUAGACACAUAGCUCCCAGGGCUUCCACAGCCGUUGGAGAUCAAUCACCAAGCUACAUACCGAUAAGGAACCAACUCCAAAACGCAAAAUUCGCACCUCCCGGACCCACCCUCAAAGGAUUCGUGUCUUCAUCUUGAGGCUUUAGGUAAUAUAAGACCAAAAAUGUAUAAUACGCCGUAACCACAGGAGGAACCACGACGCCAAUAACCGCACGAGGCCAGAAACGCCGAAGCUUGUAGCCAAAUGGUAAAUCAUCCGUGGAAGGGGAGCCAAGAAGCAGCUUGAAAGACGGUGCUGAUGAUUUCCUCAGGUGAUGCGAAGACACGGUUGUGGUUGAUAUAAACUUGAGAUUGAGCCUGUCCCUUUCAUUCAGUGCCCCGGAAUUGAAAUAAAAGCCGUAGCAAGUACUUACUCAUCGUCCCCCAGAUUGGGACAUUCUUCAUCCAAACUGUCGCGUCCAUCUUCCAUGAUGUGGUACACGCACAGCGGAUAAUUCUAAGCAAUCGCAACCACAAGCAAAAAUGUUUGAGAAACUACGGGGGAAGCCAGAUUGGAAUCCUGCUCUCUCCAACCUUCACAGCAGAAGUUCAUCAACAGACCUGACUUCGUCGAAUGCGACAAGCAUCGCGUGCUCUUGUAAUUUGAUAUCUUUCAUUUUCCACACAGGUUUGUCGGGGGGACAGCGUGGCUUUAUAAAGGCGAUAUUUGAGCCCCGCCGAAGUGCACCUAGUCGGACAGGUACACCACCAUUUGACCAAUUCCCAGGCUCUGUCUCAACAAAGAUGUUGGUGUCCUGCAGCACAAGUGCAUUGAAAACAGUCUAGGGAUAGAAUGACCUAUCAGAUUUCUCCCGAGCCUUGUCAACAUGCGGCUCGUGUGCAAAGCACCCCCUCCCCGCUUGGUGGCGGGUGUGUUACUUAUUUUAGCCCAAGAUGCAUAGCAAUCUGCGCUUGGCCAUGGAUUGGUUUCGCAUCGCCAUUGGUUCCUGUUGCACAGUCACUACACGGCAGUAGAGGAGGCAUAAUUGUAUAGCCUUCCACAGUUGUUGUGAGAUGGUGCUGUGUUGGGGGGGGGUGGUGGAAAGCGGUUGGAAUUUGGUAGCGGUAUUGGAGUUACUUGGGAAUAUAUUUUUUGUUUCAUGGUAUAUAGUAGAUCAGGUUAUCGAGUGGGCGUUUGGAUGUGUUGUACGCAUCUAAGGGAAGAUUCAAUCGAGGACGACAGGUUGGUUUGACGUAUUCCAAGGUUGAUGAUGAGAGUUCAGCGCGCAAAUGACGACGGUUUGUUUGGUGGGUACUUGCCCGACGGGUAGACUCUCCGCGGUUUUACACGUGGAAAUACUUGGCGAGCAAGUAACUAAGUUAGCUCCACAUUUUUCCACCGCUAACUUAAUCUCGUUGAGCUCCAACCAAAGCUUCAUUCGUCACCACGCACAUCAACCGUUUCAUUUUCAUCUCAACCAACGAGCAACAUUCGCCUGAUACGGAGGAGGAGACAUAGUGAGCUCAUUUAAUAUGAGCACUACGUCUUCACACGCCUCUAUUUCUCUUGCGUGCGAUGCUGAUUGAUUUUCUACUGCAAUCCUCGUGCUAAAAUAGCUGAAAUAUCGAGGUUUGGACUCCCUCCCCACUUCACUUGGGUACUGUUCAACAUGCUGCCAUAUAUCAACACCCCUUUCUCACCCGUUUCUGAUGCAACGGGGGCUUCCAUUGACGAGCUAAAGUUGAUCACCUCAUUACUCCUCUCAUACCCUCUUGCGGGAGUCUUAAAAAGGCUGCCAGACUCGAAGCCAUGGCUCAAGAAUGUGUUUAUUGUUGGCGUUUCAAUAUUUUACCUGGUUGGAAUGUUCGACCUAUGGGACGGCUUGCGGACAUUUCUCUACAGCUCCGCUGGGGCAUAUGCCAUAGCUUUCUAUGUUGACGGUCCCUUGAUGCCAUGGAUCGCAUUUGUAUUUCUCAUGGGUCAUAUGUCGAUUAAUCACAUAAGCAGACAACUUGCUGACAGCCCAUCGACAAUUGAUAUCACGGGAGCUCAGAUGGUGCUGGUAAUGAAACUGACGGCCUUUUGCUGGAACGUACAUGACGGUCGAUUACCACAGGAGCAGCUGUCAGAAUCACAAAAAUACGCAGCUAUUACCAAACUCCCUAGCCUGCUUGAUUUCGCUGGCUAUACUUUCUUUUUCCCAUCUCUGUUCGCCGGACCGGCUUUCGACUAUAUAGAGUAUCGAAAAUGGAUCGAAACUACAAUGUUCGACGCACCACCAGGAGUAGAUCCAGCAAAGAGGCCGCCGACUCGUAAAAAACGAAAGAUUCCGAGAAGCGGCAGACCUGCUUUGCUGAGGGCAGCAUUUGGUCUGUUCUGGAUAUUUGGCUUCCUCCAAUUUGGGCGUUUAUAUAACGUCGAAUUUAUCCUCAGCGAUAAUUAUUUGAAAUACACCCUGCUGAGACGAGUAUGGAUACUUCAUAUGCUUGGAUUUACUUCCAGGCUCAAAUACUACGGUGUAUGGUCCUUGACAGAGGGCGCUUGCAUCCUAUCCGGGAUGGGCUACAAUGGCUUUGAUCCAAAUACUGGCAAAGUGUCGUGGAAUCGAUUGGAAAACGUGAACCCGAAGGGGCUGGAAACGGCGCAAAGUCCGCACGCUUAUCUCAGUAACUGGAAUAAAAAUACCAACCACUGGCUGAAAAACUACAUGUAUUUGAGAGUAACGCCAAAGGCCAAAAAGCCAGGAUUCAGAGCUAGUCUUGCGACUUUCGUAACGAGCGCAUUUUGGCAUGGUUUCCACCCAGGAUAUUACUUUACCUUCAUCCUAGGUGCUUUCAUUCAAACAACUGCAAAAAACUUCCGCCGCAACGUUCGCCCCUUUUUCCUCACCCCAGAUGGCUCCUCUCCAACCCCAUACAAACGCUUUUAUGACAUCCUAAGCUGGUUGACAACCCAACUGGCCCUAUCGUUCAUCGUGGCACCCUUUGUAAUCCUCCACUUUAAGCAGAGCAUCCACGUCUGGUCAAGCGUCUACUACUAUGGUAUCGUCGGGAUAGCAGCUUCGCAGGCUUUCUUCUCCAGUCCCGCGAAGGGCUAUUUGGUUAAGCGACUAAAGGCCCGGGGUGGCCCCGUCUCGAGACCACCUGCUGGUGUUCGAGAACCCCGCGAGCAACCUGUGCUAGGUCUACCACCGAACCCUGGACAGGAUAUAGAGGACGCCGUCAAUGAAGUUAAGCGGGAGAUCGAAUUGCGGAAGAGGAGGGGGAGUGUUGUCACAAUGCCGUCUGGGCAGGAGCUGAAAGCGGCGGUGGAAGAGAAGCUUGGGAGGAAGCUUUGAGGGGUGUUAUUUACAAACGAUUUUUGGUAGCUGCCUAUUUUCAUCCGCCUAAUUUUCUUUAUACCUUUAUCGCCUGGGCCUGGUGAAUACGUCUAAAUCUCUGGAGCUUUCACGAUGUUUUUUUUUCGUUGUUCAUUUAACCCACCAUAUAGACCAUGUCUCGCCACGCUACGCACAUAUACGGCCACGACCAUUCUGAUUGUUUUGUGCUUAAUAAAUUGGGCUAUAUAUAUUCUCUACAUUUUUGUCUUAUAAAUCUUCAAUCUUAAUUCCCCCCCGCGCACAUUUUGUCUUCUAAUUUCUUUUACCUAACCUACCCCCCCGCUCCCCCCUUUUGUUGCCCCAAAAAUAAACCCCCCCCUCAUUUCUCACAUCUACCAUACAAAAUAAUAUAUAGGCUUCAGCAGCAAAUCGUUAAUCUGAUCUUCAAAAACCAAGCGGAUUGACUAUGACUAUGACCAACGGAUAUAUAUACAAAAGAGGAACAAACAGCAAUCGUUAAGCUUCAACAGCGGGAUCUGGUGUUAUAUUUUCCUGGCCGAGUGGAGCGUUUCCAUUGCUAAAAAACAAAACUCUUUUUAUUUUAAGGCAGGAUUUAUUUAGCUUGGGAGAAGUCGAAAUGGGUUUUCCACGGCAGCUAGGAUCACACGACGGAAAAGAGCAAAAGAAGGGGGGAUAGAGAGAGAGUUUGCAGGCGAGCAUAUCACGCCACGUAACUCACUUACUUACCUUUAACCGCCUUCACAGGACUCACAAUCGUUACUCCCCGGGGUUCAAUUAAAAGAAUGUCUCUACGAACGUUAAAAAAUUGCUAUUCGGGCUAUUGAAUAGUCACAAAAGAGAAGGGAAAAAAAAAAAAAGAAACCACUCCCUUUGAGAAAGAAUGUGUGAAAACACGAUCAUAUAUUAUAUAAAUAUAUACGCUAUGUAUGCGCUGUACAUUGGGUUAUGUACAUGAACAAACCGGUCUAUCGCACAAAAAGCCAGCCGAAGCAACACACAUCAAGAUCCAAAUCCGCACAGAGACUAAGGGAGAAAAGCAAAACCGGGGGAUGGUGAAGUCAGUACGAUGAGCAGAAUGCUGAUCGGAUGUACAAGUGAAAGAUAGCCCCGGGCUGCGGAAGAAGAAGUGGUCGCCUGGACGGAUGAAUCAGAUUAAUUGGAUGGAUGGGAUUGGUGGGGGGGAAGGUGCAAUACAAUAUCCAAAAAGAUAAGAUAAAAAAGACAUUAAGUAGUCAAGACAUAAAAUAUAUGAGGGGGUUUAGGGGAAAUAUAGCUACACAGUCGCGCCAACCAACUCGGCUGGGUGAGAAAUAUAUCCAGGUGCAGACGGAUAGAGAAGGGAAUGAUGAGGGGCAAAUAGGGGGUAGGGACUAACUAAAAAGUAGAAAACCACCACAAAUCGAAAAAGAUGCUAAAACAAAAAAAACAGGGACAAAUGUAAGUUCAAGAAUGAAUAUGUAACAAAAGUAUGGUUAAAAAUAAAACAAGGAUUAGGCCCCAGUAGACACCAGCGCUAAUAGAUCAGAAGCAGAA